UCCCUUCCCUUUUCUCUCCUUCCAAUUUACACCCAAACAAACACAGUGGAAAGCUUUUCCUAUUUUUGCCUUCUCUUCUUCUUCUUCGUCUUCGUCUCUUCUAGGGUUUUCUCUUCUGCCAUUGUCGACCUCACCCCAAGCUCCUUCGCACUCUUCUCUACAGGCAUUGCUCUCAGAUCAUCUCCAUCCCCCAAUCUUACUCCAAUUCCUUGAUUUCCAUCGUCGCACUUGCCGUUCGAGAUACACUGUUUUCCUCCCCUCUCUCUCAAUGGUAUGCUGCAACAUUUGCAAGAAACGAAUCAAGGACAGCCAAUUUGCUGCUCAUGCAGAACUAUGUAGAUCAUUAAUGCACACUGAGCAAACUAGCUCGAAGCUUGAUGGAAGUAAAGGGAAUCGAAAACCUCCUAGGAAAGGAAGGAAGAAGUCAUCAACUCGUACAACUACUGCAGUUGGGGAGCGGAGAAGGUCUGAAUCUCUGGAUAAUAUUGACAGUAUUGUGGUGCAAUCCCAAUCGAAUAGUCAAAUUAGAAUGACUUCCUUUUCCACUGAGGUAAAAGGAAACUCAACUUGUGUAGAUGCAGCAUCUAUGAUGGAUGGUACUGGAAUUAAUCCUGGAAAUAAGGAUCGCCAUGCUUCCAUAAUGCAUCCUCCUACAAAACGUCACAAAUUAAUGGCAAGCACACAUCUACCUGGACUAGAAAGCAAUGAAACAGAAUCUGGAGUAAUAAGAACUGUGAGUUCCACAGAUGGGAUUACUCCUGAGGAUUUGCUUCAAAGGACUGCUUCAGAACAUGCAGACCCUAACCAUAAAACCCUUGGGCAGGUCCAUGUUCAACACCAACAUGUGAUGAAGAAUGAUUUUCCUGCACCCCUUGCUACAAAGAUAUAUUGUUCACAAAGGACCAAUCGAUUGCGUGCCACGAUUCGUCAUCUUUACUUCCAGGACUCAAGUGAGGAAUUUGGCACUGAUGUUGCAAGUCCAAAGACAUCAUCUGGAGAGAUGGUUGCAUUACAAGAUUCAUCUCAAAGGGACCUUUCAUGUGAACAAACGGACACUGUGCUCAACAAGGAGAGCCAGGCAACGAUGAGUGCAGCUCAAAAAUCUGGUCAUAGUCUUGAACAGAGCUCAGAAAUUUGCUCGCUCAAAGCAAGAGGGCUGCCUAGUGGUGGCUUGUCAAAUCAGUCUCAUGUUGAUAAUGUUUCAAGGUCUGCACCCUCUCAUGUUGGUUUAACAGGAAGCAACUAUCUUCCAAAGUCUUAUACUUUUGCAAGCAACACAGGAAAUCCACUGGGAACAGUACAACAACCAAACGGGAGUGUUUCUGUUAUUUAGUAACCUUGGUGGGAAAUUUUUGGCUCGGCAAAGUACAGGUAACCAAUACAUUAGGUUAGGAUUAAGCUCCCUUUUUGAAGCUGAUAAAGAAAAUUACUCAAAUUUUUUAUCCUGGCAUCUGCUUUGUAAACGAAAACUUCUUAUAUAAUGGAUGGAAAUGAAGAUUUUUUUAAUUC